AUGGCUAUAAGCCAUUAUUUGCCUAAUAAGUCACAAAGAUCAAAACGUCCAAUUCCGAUGCCAACAAGCAUCCCGAGGAUUGAUUCUCCCAUGCCCGUGAUUCCUCAUCAAAAGGUCUCUUCCAACUCUACUGCUGAUGCUGAUUAUGUGGAACGUUUCAACCCCAACGUCCUGAAGGAUUCUGCCCUCUCCACGCACAAACCCAUCGAGGUGAAAGGCCCCGGGGGCAAAGCCACCAUCAUUCAUGCACAAUAUAACACCCCCAUCAGCAUGUAUUCUCAAGAUGCUAUCAUGGAUGCCAUUGCAGGCCAAGCUCAGGCCCAGGGUGGUGAACUUGCUGGUAACCUUCCUGUUAAAGACCCUCAUGUAGACAGUGCCUCUCCAGUCUAUCAGGCUGUGCUUAAAAACCAAAACAAGUCUGAAGAUGAGCUGGAUGAUUGGAGCCGCCGAUCUUCCAACUUGCAGUCAAAGUCCUUCCGAGUCCUUGCUCAGAUGACAGGAACUGAGUACAUGCAAGAUCCAGAUGAGGAUGCCUUGAGAAGAUCAAGGGAGAGGUUUGAAACGGAGCGUAACGGCCCACGUUUUGCCAAACUGCGCAACUGGCAUCACGGCCUCUCUGCGCAAAUCCUUAAUGUCAAGGGUUAACUGUCCUGUGGCUAAAGUGCCCAGCUGGAAGAGGAA